UUUCUUAUCUCAUUAUCUCCUAUAUUUAUUUAUUUUUUUUAUCACCAAAGUAUAUGAGAUCUGAGAGUGAAACUUCUAAAAGCUGUCUUUAUAUAUUUGUAUUGAAAUUAUGUAAUUAAAAUACCUAAUGGAGAAGUUUAUUUGCGGUGUUUGCGGGUGUUCAUACGAGCAUAGAAAAUCUCUACUUCGGCAUCAACGUAGUGUUCAUGGCGAAACGACUGAUAAUCAGUCCAAUGAAAAUUCAAAAUUUAAAUGUUCAGGCUGCUCAUUUAUUGGGUCUAAAUUGAGUUUAUUACGAAGUCAUCUGGAGAACGAACAUAAUGUCUCCAUCAAGCUUGAAACUAUUGAAUUUCGUAGCUUUGAAGAGUUUCAGGAAUGGAAAAAGAACGAGGAAAAAGCUACGCGUUCUAAUUUUUCAAAAAACAGAAGUGAUCGGACAUUGAGCGAUAAAUCGAUAAGGCAACAUUUUCACUGUUUUCGUUCCGGAUUUUUCAAAAGCAGAUCAAAAGGACAAAGAAAUUUAAAAAUGAAAGGUUCCUGUAAAAUUGGAGCGUUUUGUCCGGCAGAAAUUGUAGUUACGUCGUCUUCCGAUGGUGAAAGGGUUUCUGUGAAUUACUACAGUACUCAUUAUGGUCAUGCGGAUGAAAUAGCGCAUUUACGCUUAACUGAUGAGGAAAGAACAGAAAUAGCUGGAAAAUUAAGUAAAGGUGUCCAUAUUGACGCGAUAUUGGAUAACAUUCGUGACAAUCUAAAUAUCAGUACCAACGAUCGUUUAUAUUUGUUGACUCGAAAAGAUGUACAGAAUAUCGCUUUGAAUUUCAACAUAAAUUUAGGACAUCGACUUCAUACAGAUGACACAACUAGCGUUGACGAGUGGGUUAGUAACAGAGAUACGAAUAAUGUUACCCAAGCACGAACUGUUGCUGAAAAUGUCACUGAAUUACCGUUAGCUGACAAUGACGAUGCUUCUAGUGCUACCAGAGAAGAUGGCCUUCAUCACAGCUUAAAAUUCCAUAAGUUAAUGGCAUCCAAGAAUACCAGUAAACGAGAUAACUCGCUAAAUCAACUCGACUAUCUUACUGGAUUAAUUAACGAAGUCGAAGAUGUAAUAGACGAAGAUGACGAGUAUUGGCCUCAAUUUGAUAAAAAAUUGAACGAAGCUGCGUCCUUAUUGUUGAAAUUGAAAGAAAUAAAGAAGAAGGAAAUGGGAAGCAUAAGCAACACUGUAUUUGCGCCAGUUGACGGUGAUGUUCCUAGAAAAAAUUCUAAACAAAAAAAACAUCUUGCGCAGUUCGCAAGAUCAACCGACUUUGCUCUAAAUAUACCCCAGUAAUUUACCAACAUUUAUCUCAGUAAUUUACCAGACAUUACUUAAAAAUUUACCAAUUUAUCAAAAUGCGCGGAAGUACCCAAAUUUACCGAUUUAAUGAAUACGAAAAGUCGAAAACAUCGACAAAAUAAAAUAGUCAAUCAUAAGUAGCCAUCAUAUUACACUUUUAUGAAAUUGAUUUUCAAAUAAAAAUUAGCGUACUUAUGAAGACGUAACCGUCAUAUUACAAGUGGAAUAAUAUAUCAGGAAAAUUGUUGACAAAAAACAAAAUUAUUACCGAAAUUUACCAAUUUACCGAAAUUUAGCUAUUUACCAAAAUUUACCAAUUUACCAAAAUUUACCAAUUUACCUAUUUACCAAAAUUUACCUAUUUACCGAAAUUUACCUAUUUACUGAAAUUUACCUAUUUACCAAAAUUUACCUAUUUACCGAAAUUUACCAAUUUACCAAAAUUUACCAAUUUACCAAUAUUUACCAAUUUACCAAAAUUUACCGAUAUACCAAAAUUUACCGAUUUACCAAAAUUUACCAAUUUACUAAAAUUUACGAAUUUAUCAAAAUUUAUCAAUUUACCAAAAUUUACCAUUUUACCAAUAUUUACCAAUUUACCAAAAUUUACCAAUUUACUAAAAUUUACCAAUUUACCAAAAUUUACCGAUUUACUAAAGUUUACCAAUUUACCAAAAUUUACCAAUUUACCAAAAUUUACCAAUUUACCAAAAUUUACGAAUUUACCAAAAUUUACGAAUUUACCCAAUUUUAUCAAUUUACCAAAAUUUACCACUUUACCAAAAUUUACGAAUUUACCAAAAAUUAACCCAGCAAUUUACUAACAUUUACCUCAGUAAUUUACCAGACAUUACCCAUUAAUUUACCAAUUUUCCAUUUUACCAAAAAUUACCCCAGCAAUUUACCAACAUUCACCUCAGUAAUUUACGAGACAUUUCCUCACUAAUUUACCAAUUUUUUUACCGAAUUUUAAUUACCCCAGUAAUUUACUGUCAAAGGUUUUUACCAAUUUACCAAACUUUACCAAUUUACCAAAAAUUACCCAAGCAAUUUACCAAAAUUUUCAACCAACUUUAAUUACGAGUAAUUCACCAAAAAUAACUAAUCAUUUUAUUUACUAAAAAUUACUAUUAAUUAACAAAAAAAAAAAAAAUUAUCAAAAUUUACUGGCUAUUUACCAAAAACUUAAUGUUUUUUGUUAAAACAAAAAUUACACUAGAAAUUUUUGAAAAAUUUUGAUUUUUUAUGGCAAAAAAAUUUUGGACGGAUAAAAUUAACAAAAAAAUUAACAAAAAAAUCAACAAAAAAUUUUCUCCUCUUGACUCGCGCGGGAUUCGAACACCCGACCUUCGGCGUACCAAUCUGCAACCUACACACCCUAACCACCCCAUCUGUUUGUUGGGGGUGAGCCGUUUGCGAGAUAUAAGGGUUUACACAAAUUUCUGCUUAUCCAUAACGUUGAAACACACUUAAACGUUCAUAUCUCGUAAACGGCUGAACCGAUUUCGACCAAAUUAAAAAUUUCUCUAGUUCAGUAUCAAAGCAAUAUUUUGCCAUCAUCAGGUUCGACUUAAAGUUCGGAGCUUUUGAGUUCAGCGUGACACAAAUUUAUACAUAAAUUGAUAUAUAAACUUAUAUAUAAAUAAAUAUAUAAAUAAAUAUAUAUAUAAACUUAUCUCGUUUUGCGCCAUAUGUCUUAUCGUGAUCAGCACACUCCAAAACGUCAAGAAAACCCACCCCCACCCAAAUCCUCAACCAUCAUGACAAAUACAAUACCUUACUUUUCCGUUUCACGGCAAAGUCGGUAAAAUGCGAGACAGAAAUAUGAGUACUUUAGAGUCAAACCCAGAAUUCUCCACUUUUCGUCAUUUUGAGAAAAACACAAAAAACUGCUAGAAGGUUGGUAUCAGUAGUAGCAGGUUUCUAAUCUCGUCUAUAAAUAGUGCUUUGGGUAACAAUCAAAUUGACGAAAAAAAAAUUUUUUUUCAAGUCUUUCCAUAGCAGUAAUUCACGAUACCAUUUUGGAGAAUUCUGGUUUUGACUCCAAGUCUGUAAAAAAAUCAAAAAAAAUGUCAAAAAUACAUGAUAAAAUGAGGGAUUGAGGAAUAAUUCUAGAUUCAAGUCUGUUGAAAGUAUCUCAAGGUUGUUUACAGUCGACUGGAAUAAAAAAAAAAAUUUUUUUGAAGUAUUUUUUUCAAAGUUUGACUCGAACCCGGGACUUUGGACCCCCUCACCAUCAUGGCAUCGAAUGGGGUAAAAUGUAGAAUGGCAAUUGAUGCGUACCUACUAACUGUACCCAAAACAACCAUAAUCUCAUUUUUGAAAAUUUUGGACUUUUUUCGGAAUUGGACUCGGACCCGGUACUUUGGACCUCGCUGACUGCGUCAUUAUGUCAGAUUGGUAAAAACGGAGAAUGGCAAUCGAUGCAUACCGACUAACUGUACCCAAAACGAUCAUAACCUCAUUUUUCAAAAAUUUGGAGAAUUCUGGGUUUGACUCUAAGGUACUCAUAUGUUUCAUUCCACUACGAAAAAAAGGAAACCAAAUUCUGACAGCGAAAAUGCCUACCACAGCCGAGCAACAAAUGCUAAAGGCAAUGUUACAAGAUGAAAACAAUUUUGCAUGCAACGUUCACGUAGAUUUAGAUCAUUACUAUUCCAACAUAACUGACUAAAUUUAUAAUUAUAUCGAAGUGAUUGAUAAUUUUUGUAAUUUUAUAUCAACACCAAAUGUUUAUUUUUCGUUUGUUAUCGGUUUCAGAUAAUAAAAUGAGUUCUGAAA